CCUUGGAAAUAGAAAAAACGAGCUAUCAUGCUAUGAUACGUGUGCCGAUGAUCUUCAAAAGGAAAGAUCCUCUGACAAGUCGUAAGAGGCCCCAGUUUCUCUCCACGUGGCUCUUCUCAGGCUCUGCUCGACGCCUCGACCUCUCUCCUUCCGAGGCUCAAACUCACACGCGCUCUGCAUUUGCAAUCAAAAGUUAACAGCCUUCUACUAGAUAGAGAAUAUCACAACUCUCUUUUUAACAAAUUUUGAAUUAAUCCCACUGGAUUUUUUUUUAUUCAAUCUCAUUGAGAAACGAAAACCCAGAUUGGAUUUCAGCUUCUUUCUUCAUCAAUCCUUCUCUGUCUGUGUGUUUUAUGAACAGGAUACAGGAACAAGCAUUGUAGGAUUUUAAACCUGCAAUAAGCCCUCCUCUGCUUUUACAACUAAAACAGGACUUGUUUAAUAAAAACUCUGAUUUUCUUGGCUCUUAGACAUGGCGGGGAACGAAUGGAUCAAUGGGUACUUGGAGGCAAUUCUUGAUUCCGGGGCAGGAUCAAUUGAAGACCAGAAGCCAAUCUCAGUCGACCUACGUGAGAGGGGCCAUUUUAAUCCCACCAAGUACUUUGUGGAGGAGGUGGUCACAGGGGUCGAUGAAACCGAUCUCCAUCGAACCUGGAUCCAGGUUGCUGCCACCCGCAACACGCGUGAACGCAGCUCCCGGCUAGAGAACAUGUGCUGGCGCAUUUGGCAUCUCGCCCGCAAGAAGAAGCAGUUGGAAUGGGAAGAUUUCCAACGGUUGGCAAAUAGGAGGUGGGAGUGGGAGCAGGGACGCAUGGAUGUUACUGAAGACAUGUCUGAAGAUCUUUCUGAGGGAGAAAAAGGAGACACUGUGGGGGAGGUGAUUCAGUGUGAGACACCAAAGAAGAAGUUCCAGAGAAAUUCCUCCAACAUUGAAGUGUGGUCUGAUGACAACAAGGGGAAGAGACUCUAUAUUGUCCUUAUCAGUUUGCAUGGCUUGGUCCGGGGAGAAAACAUGGAGCUUGGUCGAGAUUCUGAUACGGGUGGCCAGGUCAAAUAUGUGGUGGAGCUUGCCCGAGCACUUGCCAUGAUGCCUGGGGUAUACAGGGUAGACCUCUUCACUCGCCAAAUAUCCUCACCAGAUGUGGAUUGGAGUUAUGGAGAGCCCACAGAGAUGUUAACUCUUGGCUCUGAAGAUGCAGAGGGAAAUGAGAUAGGAGAGAGCAGUGGGGCUUAUAUUGUAAGGAUACCAUUUGGUCCACGGGAUAAAUACCUUAGCAAAGAGUUACUGUGGCCAUAUAUUCAAGAGUUUGUAGAUGGAGCCCUGGCCCAUAUUUUUAAUAUGUCUAAGGUACUUGGAGAACAGAUAGGUAGAGGGCAGCCUGUUUGGCCUUAUGUGAUUCAUGGCCAUUAUGCAGAUGCUGGAGAUAGUGCUGCACUUCUUUCUGGAGCCUUGAAUGUACCCAUGGUUCUUACAGGACACUCACUUGGAAGGAACAAGUUAGAACAGCUUCUUAAGCAGGGACGCCAAUCAAAAGAGGACAUCAAUUCAACGUACAAGAUAAUGCGGCGUAUAGAAGCAGAAGAGCUUUCCCUUGAUGCUGCUGAACUUGUAAUCACAAGUACCAAGCAAGAGAUUGUGGAACAGUGGGGAUUGUAUGAUGGUUUUGAUGUCAAGCUGGAGAAGAUAUUGCGUGCCCGUACCAGACGUAGGGUCAAUUGCCAUGGCCGUUACAUGCCAAGGAUGGUGGUCAUUCCUCCUGGCAUGGACUUUAGCAGUCUGGUUCAAGAGGACAUGUCCGAAGCUGAUGCGGAACUUACAUCACUUAUUGGUGCUGAUGGCUCUUCCCCAAGGGCAGUCCCACCUAUAUGGUCUGAAAUAAUGCGCUUCCUUGCAAAUCCCCACAAGCCAAUGAUCCUGGCUUUAUCAAGACCAGAUCCAAAAAAGAACAUUACCACACUUUUGAAAGCCUUCGGGGAAUGUCGUCCAUUAAGAGAUCUUGCCAACCUUACACUCAUAAUGGGGAAUAGGGAUAACAUAGAUGAAAUGUCGUCAGGUAAUGCUAAUGUGCUUUUAACAGUAUUAAAGCUGAUUGAUAAGUAUGACCUCUAUGGGCUUGUGGCCUACCCAAAACAUCACAAACAAUCUGAUGUUCCAGAUAUCUACCGCCUAGCAGCAAAAACAAAGGGAGUCUUCAUCAAUCCAGCUUUGGUUGAGCCUUUUGGCCUUACCUUAAUUGAGGCAGCAGCACAUGGGCUUCCAAUGGUGGCCACUAAAAAUGGCGGUCCAGUUGACAUCCAUCAGGCACUGAACAAUGGGUUGCUUGUGGACCCACAUGAUCAACAAGCCAUUGCUGAUGCACUUCUUAAACUAGUUGCAGAAAAGAAUCUAUGGCAUGAAUGCAGGAGGAAUGGAUGGAAAAAUAUACACCUAUUCUCGUGGCCUGAACACUGUCGCACAUACUUGACAAGGGUGGCAGCUUGUAGGAUGAGACAUCCACAAUGGCAGACAGACACCCCAAUGGAUGAUGACAUGGCUGUGGAAGAGUCCUUUGGAGACUCUAUGGAUGUGCAGGACAUGUCCCUGAGGCUUUCUGUUGAUGGGGAAAAGUAUUCAUUCAAUGGCUCCCUGGAGUAUGAUCCUGCUGAAUUAGAGAAAGUAGCAGCAAUCAAGGGUGAUCCUGUACAAGAUCAAGUAAAAAGAAUCUUGAGCAAGAUAAAGAAACCAACAUCAGAUGCACAUGAAGAUGGGGGAAAGAAACAGCCCGAGAGUGUAGUGAGCAAGUAUCCAGUCCUUAGACGAAGGCGGAGAUUAUUUGUAAUAGCACUUGACAGUUAUGACAGCAAGGGAGUUGCUGACAGUAAGAUUUUUCAGGCAGUACGUGAGAUAUUCAAGGCUGUGAGGUCAGAUUCUCAAAUCUCAAGAUUCUCAGGAUUUGCUUUGUCAACAGCUAUGCCAGUGCAUGAGGCGAUAUUAUUUUUAAAAUCAGGGAAGAUUCAAGUAACUGAAUUUGAUGCUCUGAUAUGUAGUAGUGGCAGUGAAGUUUACUAUCCAGGUACUUACACAGAAGAUGUUGGAAAGUUAUGUCCAGAUCCUGACUACACAUCCCAUAUCGACUAUCGCUGGGGUCGUGAUGGCCUAAACAAGACUAUUUGGAGACUGAUGAACUCACAAGAAGGUAGAGGGAAUAAAUCUGAUAAAUUUUCAAGUUCCAUUGAGGAAGAUGUGAAGGCAAGCAAUUCACAUUGCAUCUCAUAUUUGAUUAAAGAUCCCAGCAAGGCAAAGAGAGUGGAUGAUCUGAGGCAAAAGCUCAGAAUGCGUGGGCUUCGAUGCCAUCCAAUGUAUUGUAGGAACUCAACAAGAAUGCAAGUUGUUCCUCUUCUCGCAUCUCGAUCUCAGGCUUUAAGGUACCUCUUUGUUCGGUGGGGUUUGAAAGUUGCAAACAUGUAUGUUUUUGCCGGUGAAGCAGGUGACACAGAUUAUGAAGAACUAAUAUCUGGAAUCCAUAGGACUGUGAUCAUGAAAGGAAUAGUGGAGAAAGGUUCCGAGGAAUUUGUAAGAACAACGGGAAGCUACAUGAAGGAUGACAUUGUUCCUAGGGAAAGCCCAUUUAUCACCUAUGUAAAUAGUGGAGCAACAGCUGAUCAGAUUCUGAAAGCUCUAAAGGAAGUCUCCAAGUCAAGUGUUUGAACGUGAGAACAAAUUCUUUGUAUGUUUGACAUGAAGGUGAAUUAUAUUAGUCUCUCUAUAUCUCUUUUCUUGUUUUCUUUGUUGGCCAGCAAACUGUUCUGCUUCCCUGAAUAUGGGGUCUCUGCUAAUAUGUAGCCAUUGACUGUUUUAAAUGUUCCUUUAACACGAUGACUGUUUUUAAU